AUGCUCAACGAAUUGAACGAAACAGGGAAGAGAAUAGGACUACGAAUAAACAGAAAGAAGACACAGUUCAUGAAGAACGCUCACUGCGAGGACGGAGGUGUACAACUUGAAGGCUCCCAAAUCGUGGAAACGCCGUCAUACGUAUACCUCGGACGUUCUAUGAACAUGGAAAACGACUUGAAGGAAGAACUGAAUAGAAGAAUGAGAGCAGCAUGGGCAGCAUUCGCAGCCGUCAGGGAAGCUACGGACUAA